AUGGAUUUGCUAUUAUUGCUAAAAGUGUAUCUACAUUAAAUGAUAAAGUAAGAACAAUCUAAUUGUAAUUAUUUAGAUUUGGAUGGUUCAACUAAAUCACAACCUAUUAUUGUCUAUUCUAUUUCUAAUUUAUUUAAUCUAAUAUAAUUUAUUACAUUAUAUCCACAUCAUCCUUAAUUAAUAAGCUAACCAUAAGGAUAUUUCAUAGCAUCAUGGAUAGAAAGUUCUCUAGCAUCAUAAAACUUAAGUGAUGAUGUCUAUAUGAAAAGAUUUAAGAGUGAAGGUACCUAAUUGUCAUUAAAUACAAUCAUUUGCCCUAACAAUUGCUUGACUUGCUCAACUAGUAAUGUUUGCUAAUCUUGUAAGCAAAAUUGCAUCAUAUUAUCUAAUUAAUGUUAUCCAAAAAUUAAUAAUUGUGAAACUCAUGUAAUUGAAAAUUAAAUACUCUCUUGUAACUUAUGUAUUAAUGGUUUUGAUUUGAUAAAAAAUAGUUGCUAUUAAAUGUAUUUUCCUACUAAUUAUUAACAAUAUAAUUUAUAAUUGAUAAAUCAUAUUUUGAUAUAUUUAAAGUAUAAACUUUUUCAAAUGGUGAUCUAUUAUAUUUUUGGACAGGAGAGGAUAACAUAAUGA